AACUUCGGAACACCCAUAACAAGCGCCCUCCUCGCCGCAAACUUCAAUGUCACAAUUAUCACCCGUUCCACCUCUACAACAACCCACCCACCCAAGAUCCCCACCAUACGUACCACCUAUGAUCUCGAGAACUUAAUUCAAGCCUUCACAAAUCAAGACGCUGUAAUCUGCGUCGUGGGUCCUGGUGGUAUACCUCUGCAANAAACCUUCAUUGAUGCAGCUGUCACAGCAAAAGUCCGAAGAUUCAUCAUCGAUGACUUUGGAUGGGGUCUCACGACAAAAGGGUUUGCCGAGUUCGAGGAGAUUCAUAAGCUAAGAAGGCAAGGUUGGGAUUAUGCUGCUGAGAAAGCUGCUGAGAAUUCUUGGUUUACGUGGACGGGAUUGAGUACUGGAAACCCCAUCGACUGGAAAUUUCCAAUGAUGGGCUUCGACGUCAACGCACAGAAAGCUAUCAUCUACGACGCAGGAAAACAACGGUUUACCGGCACUACCCUGGAAGGCAUUGGACAAGCAGUGGUGGGAACACUUCAAAAUCCCACUCUCACAGCAAACCGCUUUCUCGCCGUCCAAAGCAUCAACACUUGUCAAAACGAACUACUGGAAGCGUUUGAGAAGGUCACAGGAAAGAAGUGGGAAGCCUCAAAAGAAUCAACCAAGGCACUGAUCAACAGCGGGAAAGCGGACUUUGAAGCAGGGAACGGGGUUUGGAGAUUGAGAUUGGCAGUAGCGACGUUAUAUGAUGUUGGACAAGGAAGAGGGAUGGUAGCGCCCUCGAGAAAAGACUCAGAUGCCGAGUUGUUAGGAGUGAAGGACGAGAGUGCUGAAGAGAUAGUCGCCAAGUUGCUUCAA